GUGCAGAAUUAGUUAAAGCGGCAAAGUUAAUUGUAUGGGAUGAGGCGCCUAUGAUGAGCAGACACUGUUUCGAAACGUUGGAUAGCACUAUGCGUGAUGUUAUAAGAUCUUGUGAAGAAAAACUUUUUGGGGGUAAAGUUGUUGUUUUCGGUGGAGAUUUCAGACAGAUUUUACCGGUUAUACCUGGAGGUGGUAGAGCAGAGACUGUUUUGGCGGCUCUGAAUUCGUCAUAUCUUUGGGAGCAUUGCAAAGUUCUGAGGCUAACAAAAAACAUGAGAUUGCUGGCUGGUCUUCCUGAUGAUGCAGCAAAAGAGCUUGAAUCCUUCUCAAACUGGAUUUUGGAUAUAGGAGAUGGAAAAAUAAAUUUGCCUAACGACGGUCAAGUUGAGAUUGACAUCCCUUCUGAUUUGCUGAUACAAAAUAGUGGAGAAGACCCUAUUGAGACUAUGGCAAAAGAGGUUUAUGGACAAGCAUUUCAAACUUCAACAGAUAACGAUUUGUAUAGACAUCGAGCCAUUCUUACUCCCACAAAUGAUGAAGUGGAUAAAAUAAAUGACUACAUGCUUUCGCAGUUGCCAGGUAACAUGUUUUAUCAUUUAUUCUUAUGUUCAACUAACUUUGUACAUAUCACUAAACAAACGGAUUUACAUAUGCUUUUAGGAGAAGAGAAGGUUUACCUUAGCUCUGACAGUAUUAUCCCAUCCGAUGUUGACAUAGAAGAAAAUGUCGUAUAUCCUGCAAAGUUUUUGAACAGUGUUAAAGUGGCUGGACUGCCUAGACAUUGCUUGAAGCUCAAGGUUGGUGCUCCUAUCAUGUGUCUUCGUAACAUGGAUGUUGCAGAUGGUUUAUGUAAUGGUACUAGGCUAAUUGUUACUCAGUUACUGCCCCAUGUGAUAGAAGGUAGAAUUAUAACCGGAAACAAAAUUGCUGGACAUCCGGUUUGGAUCCCUAGAAUGUUUGUCACACCACCUGACACCAAGUUUCCCUUCAGAAUGCGUCGAAGACAGUUUCCAGUUACUUUGGCUUUCGCGAUGACCAUCAACAAAAGUCAAGGUCAAACACUGGAAAGUGUUGGGUUGUUUCUGCCUAGGCCAGUGUUCUCUCAUGGUCAGCUCUACGUUGCACUUUCAAGAGUUAAGUCGAGAUCUGGAUUGAAAAUCCUAAUAACUGGUAAAGAAGGGAAAACGUAGACAAAAAUGUUGAAUGUUGUCUACAAACAAAUUUUUCAGAAUAUUUCAUAGUCACGGUAUGUAAUUUUAAUCUACUUUCUUUUCAAAUACAAAAUUUUAAGUAUAUAGUCUGUUACAAUUAUUUACUUUUUGUAUUUUCCAGAUGGGUAGUGAUGGGUUAGGAACUGAUUGUAUUCAGGAGCAUCCUGUUUUCUGACUAUUUCGAUGAAAGUAUGUCUACUUUAAUAUUAUUUCAUGUUAACUUUUAUUUUCUUACUUAUAAAUCUGUAAAAUAAUGUUCAUCCGACAAAUUACUUACAAUAUUUAUUUAAUUUUUUGCAGGUUUCUAAAUUAUUUUGCAUUAUUUUUCGACAAUUGUACUUCAUAAUUUAUAUUCUUAUGGACAAUUUUUUGAUUUUUUUUAAAUAUAUUUUCUUUUACUAUGUCUACACAAAAGUUUAUUUUAUUAUUAAUGGAAACAAAAUAUUUUAUUCUCCAUCAUAGAUUUUAACGACAGAUAUACAAUACAUUUCUAAUUAAUGAUAAUAUAAAAUCUGAAU